ACAGUCGUGUAUAGCAUGAUAAGGGUUGAGUAAGAGUGAAAUAAAGUAAGAAAUAGAUUUAAGUUACUAAACACUAAGUAACAGAACAUGACCUAUACUACAUGUAUGACAUACUGUUAAGUUUCUUAUCUUAUUUCGAAAACUCAAUUAUCAGUGCUUAAACACCAUAUAUAACUGUGUUUUUAAAACAAAGAAAUAUGGUACUCAAUUUAUGUUUUCUAUUCAUUUUAUAUGUAUAUAUUGAUAAGGGUUUUGUGGCUGGAGAACCACAAAAUAAUGAACUCCACAGGAUGAUGGAAAGACUGGAAGUUUUAGAGAAACAACAGCAAGACAGCCUGUCAAAAAUAAAAAGUUUGGAGCGCACAGUUAGAUCUCAAGCCAAACAGAUUGCAUCACAAGCGCGUGACUUCAAAGAUUUUGAAUUUAUAGUGCAUAAGCACAGGGCACGUGUACAAAAUGCCUACGAAAGAUCUCGACUAAAUAAAAAUCAUAUACGCUAUUUUCGGGAGGUUUUAAAGGCCGCUGGAUUAUUAAAGAAAAAGAAAGUUGGUGACAAAAAAUCUCCACACAUAGCAAGUGAUGAACAUGAGAAUAAAAGUCAGAAUUUGCUCAGCGUCGAAUCAAACCGACCACAAGCAACAGUUGCAACAAGCAAUGUGAAUGAUCGGGAGUCGAUAGAAACUGACGAUAGGAGACACGGAACUAAACAUCAAAGACAAGCUCGAAUCUUAAGAAGGACCGUGGUAGCAAAUGAAAGACUGGCUGCUGGAAAACGACAAGGUUCUGAGGGAAUAGCAUUUACUGUGUAUUUGGAUCAUGAUGUUGACUUCGGAGCUCACCAAACGAUUAAGUUUAAUCAAAUUAUAACAAACGAGGGAAACGGUUACAGUCCGCAUUCGGGUGUGUUCACGUGCCCUGAGGGUGGCAUGUACAUGUUCUCAUUUUUCGUUGGUCAAAACGAUGAGACUGUUCCAAGGGGAAUAGUAGCUGAGUUGAUGGUGAAUAGCAAAAAUGUUCUCGACACUGUGGUGGAUUCCCACAGCCCAGGACAAGAUAUUACAGGUGGAAAUGUAGCAGUGAUUCGCUUAAACCAGGGUGAUGUCGUUUGGGUUGAUUCACGAUUCGCCGGCAACCAUGCAGAAGGAAGCGCGAACUUAAAACUAACUUCCUUCUCUGGUGUAUAUCUGUUCCCUUGAGGAACCGUGCAAUGCAGAUUAAUAAAGUUGUGCAUGAUUGUAUUGAAUACAACUGUAACAAUUGUUUUGAUUGCUCAUACUAAGUAAACAUUUGAAAUAAAAAUGAACCCCCACUCC